GACAGAUAGACCGUAGCGGCAUCGAGCGCUUGUCCCGAUCCCGAAUCCCCUUAUUCCCAAAACGUACAACACAACAUGACCGCUCGCGUUAACCGGACCGAAAUAGACGACCACUCGCGUACGUAUCGUCGCACGUAUCUGUUUUGUUGAUAUGUACGAGCGCGUACGCGCUUUAUUGACGCUAUAACAGUGAUAGUGAGCGGUUAGUGAGACCAAGUCAUCGUCGACGGUCAGCUGAGGGCCGAGAGCGGUGAGCAAAGUGAUGCGGGAGGAUUAAAACGGCGGCCUCGACCAAGACAUUCGGGACUCGACCGAAAUAAUAAAUAAAAUAAAGGCGAAGCUAACAUUCCGCCGCACAGCAUGGCCUCGGUCGCCGCUUGGCUGCCAUUCGCGCGGGCGGCGGCCAUCGGAUGGGUCCCGAUCGCGACGCACCCCUUACCGCCACCCCCGAUACCGAAAGAUCGUCGCAAAACCGACGACGAAAAACUGCUGAUCAACGUCUCGGGCCGGCGAUUCGAAACGUGGCGAAACACGCUCGAAAAAUACCCGGACACGUUGCUCGGAUCGAACGAACGGGAGUUUUUCUACGACGAAGACGUCAAGGAGUAUUUCUUCGACCGCGAUCCGGACAUAUUCCGGCACAUACUCAAUUAUUACAGGACGGGCAAAUUGCAUUAUCCGAAACACGAAUGCCUGACGAGUUACGACGAAGAGUUGGCAUUCUUCGGCAUAUUGCCGGACGUAAUCGGCGAUUGCUGCUACGAAGAUUACCGCGAUCGCAAACGCGAGAACGCGGAACGUCUGAUGGACGACAAACUGUCGGAAAACGGCGACCAGCAUCUUCAGCAAUUGACGAAUCUGCGGCAAAAAAUGUGGCGAGCCUUCGAGAACCCGCACACGUCCACCGCGGCGUUGGUGUUUUACUACGUUACCGGGUUUUUUAUCGCCGUAUCCGUAAUGGCCAACGUGGUUGAAACGGUACCGUGCGGAAGCAGACCGGGCGGCGCGGGUUCGCUGCCGUGCGGCGAACGAUACAAAAUCGUAUUUUUCUGCUUGGACACCGCGUGCGUGAUGAUAUUCACCGCCGAAUAUUUGCUACGAAUGUUCGCCGCACCGAAUCGCUACAAAUUCGUUCGUUCUGUGAUGAGCAUUAUAGACGUCGUCGCUAUACUGCCGUAUUAUAUCGGUCUGGGUAUCACCGAUAACGACGACGUAUCGGGCGCGUUCGUAACCCUCAGGGUGUUCCGCGUAUUUCGAAUAUUCAAAUUUUCGCGCCACUCGCAAGGUCUACGCAUCUUGGGUUAUACGCUCAAAUCGUGCGCUUCCGAACUCGGCUUCCUGGUAUUCUCGCUGGCGAUGGCCAUCAUCAUUUUCGCCACCGUCAUGUUUUACGCCGAGAAAAACGAAGGCAAGACGUUCACCUCCAUUCCGGCGGCGUUUUGGUAUACCAUCGUUACCAUGACGACUCUCGGAUAUGGCGACAUGGUACCAGCAACAAUAGCGGGUAAAAUAGUUGGUGGCGUGUGCUCCCUGAGUGGCGUGCUGGUCAUAGCCCUCCCGGUUCCAGUGAUUGUGUCAAAUUUCAGUAGAAUAUACCACCAAAACCAACGAGCGGACAAGAGAAAAGCGCAAAGGAAAGCUCGUCUUGCCCGCAUACGCAUCGCGAAAGCUUCUUCGGGGGCGGCUUUCGUCAGCAAAAAGAAAGCGGCGGAGGCGAGACUGGCCGCUCAGGAAUCGGGCAUCGAAUUGGACGACAAUUAUCGGGAAGAAGACAUAUUCGAAUUGCAGCACCACCACCUGUUGAGGUGCUUAGAGAAAACCACCGAUAGGGAAUUCGUCGAGCUGGAGGUACCGUAUAACGGGCAUCCGAAACGGCCUGGUUCGCCGUCUCCGUUGGCCAGUCCCGCCCAUUCGGCGGUUUCGAUUGGUCUUUUGCAGUCGUGUUGCGGCAGAUGCUGCCCCCGACGGUACCAGCAAACUUGCGGCAAAUAUAUGCCGGCAGCGUCGACCGCUCAAGCCAAUCAAACCGGUAGCGGAAUGGACGGUACUUAUCUAGUCGAAGCGUCUUUUUAGACAUAUCACGACCUAUUUGCCUUGUAAGUCGUUAUCAAGUACCUACGGUAUAUAAUAAGUACGCCGCCGCCGAUUCGAUAUAUGGUACGCUCAAAGAUUUCCAUUCCACUAAAGACUGGGUGUUUCGUAGGUGACGGUUAAUAUUUCAAUCGGCUAUUACCUACUCAGCCUUGUUUUUUUUUAUUGACUUUCGAUAGUGAGUAGGUGGAGGAUAGACUAUACUGAAUGUCUCAAAAAUGUGUACGAAAGUAAAAAUAUAUCUCUUCAUAUUUGAAUUCUAUCAUUAAUUCCUUCCUAUGGCUACACUUAAUAGUUUUUUUUUAAUUAAUAAUUCGCCAUUUUGCAAAAAAAUAUAUGAAUUGCAAGGUGUUGACGAUUUAACUACUUCAGUUAAUACAGUUAGCCAGCGCUUUACAGGUAUUAAAGAGAACUAAAAAAAUCAAACCACAACAAGAAAAUUUGGUUAACAUGAUUCGUUUAAUUAAAUUAAUUUCUUCUGUUGAAUAUAUCGAACUUUGAUUAAUCCAAGAAAAAUACGUCAUACUUUUAUUUAAAUUUUAACAUACAACUUAGGCCUUUUUAUUUCCAUUUUUGUCAUUUUAAGUUUCCAUAUUUACACAUUUCGGAAACAUGUAGGUAUAAAAAAAGAUAUGUUUAGAAUUUUCUUAAUUUCUUCCCAUACUUGACAAACCCUAUAAGCACUUAAAUUGUAGUUUCAGCGAUAUUUUUGUAUGAAACUUUGUAAUUCAAUUUUUUCUAUCGCCAACUGUUUCCAAUAAGAUAUCAACCAUCGACGCACUAUUGGGACAUCCUGUAUAAGAUAAACGAUUAAAAUAAAACACGAUAGGGGCGCAAAAUAAUCACGCAAGGUGUCAACACACGAUUUUAUAGAUGAAUGAGUAAAAUCCGGGUUUUCUAUGUAUUUCGUAAAAAAUAAUAGUCAAGUGAAUUAUUAUUAAAUCCUCACUUUAUGCAAAAAUAUCUCAUUACAAUGGUCGGAAACAAUUUCGUAUAUAAAACUAGUAGUGAAUAUUUCAAAUCGGUAUUUUGUGUAAUAAAUUACCCCUGCGCAUUUUGGAGUCCGAAAUUUCCAAGAAAUGAUCGGAAUAAUAGCUUUUUGAAAUGUUUUAGACUACCUACUUAAGAGACAUCCCGCGUUGGGCAGUAAACCUUUCUUUCUAGGCACUUGGGCCGUGAUUAAAUUUUAAAAAAAGCAAUAUUUAAAUCCAAAACAAUAUUUAAUCAAUUACCACUUGUAAAUAUUAAAUAGUACAAAAUAUAAAACGUAGAUACGAAUAGUACAAAAUAAUAUUCUACCUUGAUGUGUUUCGGAAGUGGAAGAAAUCGGUUUAGGAGUCCGUAUUUUUACACAACUUAUUACCAAUAAAAAAAAAUGUAACUAUUGCCAAUAAAUUCCCAUCACAUAGCACAAGAUCGUUUUGCACAAACUACCUAAUAUUUUGUAUAGAAAAACUAAAAAUCACACAAUAGUAUUGUAUAAUAUAACAACAAAUGAAUUGUUACUGUAUAAAGAAAAGAGACGGGUCGAAUAAAUUACGAUGAAAAGUUUACUGCCCAUUACUGGCAUUCAAACCAUUUACUGGCAUAGUUUAAAUCGGAAUUAUAUGUGUUACGCAUUGUUUUUGAGGCGCAUCGAAUUCUGUCAAAUAUAUUUUUCCAUAUAACUCCUUUAAAUGUCCUUUUACAUAAUAUUGCUAAGACUUUGUUCCUUUCGCCGUUCAUUUUAUCCUGUAAAUUAUGUAGAUUACCACAUUGUAAUAUAAUUAUCGCAGAGAUAAUAGAGUAUAAACUGUAAUCCAAAUCUAGACUAUUUUAAAUAUCGAGGCAAGGCAUUUUUGGAAUAUGAAACGAAAAAUGCAUGUCUUUCGAUAAUAAUUAUAAGUAUAUUAGUGUGUGACAAAUUCUAAAACUCUCGAUUUAUUGAUUGAUACGCUUGGCGCUAAACUCGCGUAAAAGGCUGGGAACAAAGUUUGUAAAAUGAAAAUGUUAAAAAUGUUAUUUCACACCUCACAGUAAUACAGAUGAUCAUCCCCACUAGCUGAUGACAAUAAACAACGUUAGCGUUACUAAUUAAAAGUUCGAAUAUAAACACCCAGCAACAUUUAUAAUGUCCGAAACAGAAAAAAACAAUUGCAGGUACGACAAAAACACGAUAAGUAUCCCUAAAAAAUAAGUGUACUUAAACGCCAUUAACCAGUCUAAAAGUUCUUCGUGAGAAGAAACGGUGUACCUAAUUACAAAGAUUCUUAAAUGAGUAAGUAAAUUCUUUAAAGGCGUUGCCACUUAUUUUUAGGCGAACUGUGGUUUUUCGAAUGUUAUGGACACUCCCAACGUUAUUUUUUCCUUUUUUUUUUUCUUCAUAUUAGUACGACAAAAAUGUAUAGCAUAAAAUAAAUAAUUGCCAAAGCAUAACAUUUUAUCGAAUAGAAGAGUAUGCAUUAGACGCGUUUAUAGUUUAAUAACUGCGUGAUACUAUCAACCAAUUUUCAAAAUAAAUGUUAAUGUUUACUUAAAUAAUAAUCAUAAAAUAGAAAACACGAUUCCGAUCGCUACUUAUUGUCAAAAGAAAAAAAGUUCUUUAACAUCCUUGCUCUAUAUUGUCAAUAAAAUUCAAUUUUGUUAACUAAUGUCGAACUAGUCAAUUUCUUACAUUUUAAUUACAAAAUAAAACAAUCUUUUUAUAAAUGUUGCCUUAUGAAUGGAUUCUGCAUCGAAUUAUCAGUGCUUGGCGUUUACUCUCUUGCGUAAUAAUAAUUAUUGUCCGUCUUCUAAAAUUUCUCGACGUUUCCAAUUCUAAAUGUAGCUGUGAAAAACGUCAACGUUAACAGUUUAACCAAUAAGUCAAUGCGGAAUUUACCCUUAAUCUUAGUUUAGAACAUCAGACCGAUUUCCAAUAGAGUGUAUUAUUUAUACAUAUGUGUCAGUAAUUUAUAAAUUUUCUUUACAUUCCUAAAUAGAAUCAUAAACAAUCAAUUCGUAUGAAUCUCUUUUGUUAUUUAUUUACAAAAGCUUUACGCUUUACUAUUACCGGAUGCUUAUGUAAGAAUAAAGUUCUCCUUCGUACGCAAAUUUUCACGAAAGCAAAUUGCAAAAUGAUAUCAGUAAGGUAGAACCUUGGUGCUUUCCGAAAAGGGAAACGUGCUGGUCCUAUAUAAUUUUUAAAGCGAAAAUGUUUUCCUUACUGGCAUAUUAAGAGUUUUUCUUUGCGUAAUGAAGGAAUCAAAUGUUAAAAACUAUUAUAUUAGAAAUGAAGUUGAUACCUAUUACGCACAUAGGUCUACUCUACGAAUUGAUUUAGAUAAAAAAAUAUAUAGAUACUGUAAAAUUUCAAUUUAACAAUACCAAAUGAUAAUAUAGUUAGAUUGCAAAACGAUUUUUUUUUGUAUAGUUAGCGUUAUCUCUUCAUAUUCUAUCUUUUCGAACUUAUGAUAAAACAAUAA